CAGCCCUGAAAACAACCGCAUACACGUUCCUUUAGCAUCCUUGUCACCCCAAGACAGUAGCUGUCACUAUGGUCUAUUUCUGGAGGUGCAGACACAAGCCGGCUGGGUGGGACACCAGGAUGAAGUGAUGCUGGGGAUGAGCCUUGUGGGCCUGGGCACACUCCAGCAUCUUUCUCGGGGAUUAUUUAGACAUGGUCAGCUAGCCCGUCAACAUGUAUGAUUAAAAGUUGUUACCUAGAAGGGGGAACCCAGAAAGGGGGUCUGGCUUUAGAGAGGUGGCUUGGAAACUACAAAACGGAGCUUCUCGGGAAUGCCUUUUUGCCUAACAGGAAGUGGAGCGUUACCCAAAGCGAGGGAGGGGUGGCCAUUCAGGGACUGUCCCCUGCUCCAGGCACUCACUUUGCAGGCGGCACAUUUUCUAUCAAUUAGACCAGCAGAGAGGUUGGAAGCCCGGUUUAGGGAAGUGGGUGGGAAGGAGGCAAGCAAAGGAGACUCCCCUUCCGAUCUAUGCUAACCAAGCUGCAAAUAAACCCUGCUGGCCCCACUUCAAUCUCCUGCACUAGAGUACCAAGAGAGCCUGUUCCCAUGAAGCCCUGAAGCUGUAAGGAAUGCUGUUGUAAAAAAAUUAAUAAUACGAUGAGGGGUUGCCACAUCUGCAAACUUCCGGGAAGAGUCAUGGGGAUCCGUGUGCUCCGGUUCUCCCUGGUGAUCAUCCUUGUGUUGCUGCUAGUAGCUGGAGCUUUGACCAACUUACUCCCCAACAUCAAAGAAGACAAGAUGCUCACUGUGCGUAGGGAAAUCAAAUCCCAGAGCAAGUCGGCCCUGGAUUCGUUCACUCUCAUCAUGCAGACGUACAACAGAACAGACCUCUUACUAAGACUCUUAAAUCAUUAUCAGGCGGUACCGAAUCUGCACAAAGUGAUCGUGGUGUGGAACAAUGUGGGAGAGAAGGGACCAGAGGAGUUGUGGAAUUCUCUAGGGCCUCACCCCAUCCCUGUCCUCUUCAAACCACAAACGGCAAACAGAAUGAGAAAUCGACUCCAGGUCUUCCCUGAGGUGGAGACCAACGCGGUGUUAAUGGUAGACGAUGACGUGCUCAUUAGCGCCCAGGACCUUGUUUUUGCUUUCUCAAUCUGGCAGCAAUUUCCGGAUCAGAUCGUAGGAUUUGUACCUAGAAAACACGUAUCUACUUCCUCCGGUAUCUACAGUUACGGAGGCUUUGAGCUGCAGACUCCUGGGCUUGGAAACGGCGACCAGUACUCCAUGGUGCUCAUCGGAGCCUCCUUCUUCCACAGCAAAUACCUGGACCUCUUCCAGAAACAGCCUGCAGCCGUCCACACGCUGAUCGACGAGACCCAAAACUGUGACGAUAUCGCCAUGAACUUCAUCGUCAGCAAGCACACUGGCAAGUCUUCAGGGAUAUUCGUGAAACCUAUAAACAUCAUCAAUUUGGAGAAAGAAACCAACGGUUAUUCAGGAAUGUGGCAUCGGGCAGAGCACUUUCUGCAGAGAUCCUACUGUCUGAAUAAGCUUGUUAACAUCUUCAGUGGCAUGCCCUUGAAGUACUCCAACAUUAUGAUUUCCCAGUUUGGCUUUCCAUAUGCCAACCACAAAAGUAAGAUGUGAACCAGAAACAAACAAACCCAAAACACCUCUUGGUUUUCAGUGGUUUCUCCAUGCUGUGUGUUCUUUUGCUUUUUUUUUUUUUAAAGCAACACCGUGAACUUUUAUCUAGUCCACAAGUCUGUAUAAUAGAAAAAAAUAUGCAGUACUUCUCAAGUAUAAAACACAUGGACUUCAAAAGCCAAAAAGCCGACCUUACCAGAUAGUAUUUCUUGUAAAGAGCUUUUGUCCAAGGUUGUAAUUCCUUGGCGGUAAUAUUAUUGUUUACAUCUCGAGGCUGCUUUUGUUUGAGCCCUGGCAUUUGCCUUAUGGACCUACAGCGAGCUGCUUCCAGAGACUCAAAAGAGACAAUUUUCAACUUUUCAGUGAAGGUUGAUUGUUUUUAUUUGAAGCCUGAAAUGCCUGCAGUAUAGGGAAAAGCCAUGUGAGGAGAGUUUAGUCUGAACCCAGUGUUGAGAAUCAGGAACAUUCCUGGUUGCCAGUGUCCUUUCUGGCCCCUCUAAGCAGAAUUGACUAAGCCCAGCAUGGUUUGGACAAAGCCGUCAGUGCUGGUGUUUUUGCUGUUAUGCCUGUCGUGACUGGGAGUGUUAAGUUUUCAUGGCUGACUAUUGUUUAAUUGUUUGGGGUUUUGUUUGUUUGUUUGUUUUCGUGAACCUACUCUGCAUGGAUCACUAAAAUGUGCCCGCCAUGUUUCUUAGAUGCAACUUAUAUGCAACAAGGAGUCAGUGUGCUCCUGUAACCUGCCACCGUGUGUGACCUUGAGAAUCGACAUUAGUUCUUAUAUUUUCCAGAAUGUGUUGAGUAAAUAUGUAUAAAUAACUUCUGAAAGAGCGGUUAAAUAGAAGCUAGCAGAAAUUUAAAGACAUAGUAUCAAAGAUCUUUAUUAUUAAAGCAGAGGCUAUCUUGUGAGUAUUACACAGAAGUGUUUCCAUCCAGAACCCAUGAUUUUGUUAGGAUUUUUCAAGCCCCGAGGCACUAUUCAUCACGAUGAAAUUUCUCUUACAUAGUUGCAGAAAGUAAAAAGGACUGAGCCCUCAUGUGGGAAGGCUGUGGGGUACCCUCAGGAGUUCACUGUUCCUACUACACGCUAUGGGAGCCAGUGUCUGCACCCUUCCUGGUGUCCUUUGGUUUGACCUGUUCACCACUACUGAAAAGGAUUACCCUAUCAGGCAUCCCAGUGUCCCUUUUCUUCUUCUCUUCAUCUAAGGCCUAAACAUUCUCAAAAGGCGUGAAAAUACAAUACUGACAGCCGAAGUUCCACUACAAGAUCUUCCCACAGUCAGUUCAGUGUCUGUCUGUCUAACAAUGGCGUGUGUGUGUGUGUGUGUGUGUGUGUGUGUGUGUGUGUGUGCGGGUGUGUGUGUGCAUGUGUGUCUUAAUGCAAUCAGAAAUAUAUUUCGUUUGAUUUCAUUAAAAGUCAUGUCAGUUAUCUGCUUUCUCCAAAUUUGGUAAUACAUUUUUUUGCCUCUGGUUGUCCGCUGUCAAAUAAACAAACGUCAGUGGUCCACCAUGUUACUAGCUAAGCAGGCUGCGCUGGUGAUUCGUGCCAUGUUUCUCUGUGCUCCGCAGUACUGCUCACAAUGAAGCCGAAAACUUGUGCUCACCAGGAAUAAGUUUCCUACUGGGAAAAAUAGUCCCGUGUUUGAUUUCCUGCUGUUCUAAAAUUUUGUUUUAAAUGUGACAUUAGAGCAUGUGAAUUAGACUACGUUCUCACGUGUUAUAAAUAGUCAACAAAAGUACAUUUAGGUAUAUUCAAGAAAGAUUUGUACACUGGCUAGACCUCCUAAGACCAUGAAAACCUCUUACUCAUGCCCCAUAUGAUCCAAACUCACCGGUGCAGGCUCAAGACUACACCUGCGAAGCCACACAGCUCAGGAGUGAAUCCUAUAGGUUCUGCUGUCAGACUUUGGGUGGACAUCCUUGCUAGACAUCACAUUUAAAGAGCCCCUGUUUCCUCAUCAAAAUGUGAUUGUUUUUCUUCAUUUUUUUCUUAAGAAAUGCCUAUAUACCCUAAACAUUGGAAGACUGAGAAUAGGUUAAUAUUCACAGUUUUAUUAAGAAUUGGUUUUAAAGAAUAGUAUGGUAUGCGUUACUAGGGUACAGUGGCUUCCUUAUUUCAGAUGUUCAAAGCAUUAAAACUGUUGGGGUGUUUUAAUGCUAGAAAACCUGAUAUCCACCAACUGAAAUCCUGAGAGCACUGUCUGUGCACAGUACACAGGAACCGGAGAAUUGUUCCUUGUUUUCAUUCUUUUCCUCAUAUACUUUUCCCCUUCGCUUUGUUCGUUUAGAGACACACAGUCUUAUUCUUUAACCUGGGCUGGCCUCAAACUCAAGGCCCCUCCUGCCUGGGUCUCCCAAAAUGCUGAGAUUACAGAUAUGAGACAUCACACCUGGCUCUUCACGUCAAAGCAGUACGUAUUUAUUCUAUCGGUUUGGGCAUGGUCACAACACUGUAAAGAAAUCAAAGAUCCAGCUGUGGUGGCUCACCUCUGUCAUCCCAGCACUCAGAAGGCUGAGGGAGAAUUCCAGUGAAGAUCAGCCCUGCCACAGGGUAAGACCCUGUAUCUGUGUAUCUGUGUGUGUUUUCACGCCUGCACGUAUGUGGGCAUGGGUGUGGGCAUGGAUGUGUGUAUGAUAUUCAGAGGACAACUUUUCAGAAUCAAUUAGCUCAUUCCGCCAUGUGGGUUAGGAGUAUCAAACUGGAUAGACCACCCUACCUUACAGAUCUAUGAGCGCAUCCCAUGAUUAUUCCCUUAAAAUGAAGUCCAACAAAAUUGCACAUCUGUAUCUACCUAGUGGGAUUCAUCUCAUCUGUUAUGGGCUUUGAGACACACUAUUAGAUUCCUCUAGAACUGUUGCCAUGGUGACACUAUUAAUAGACCAUCUGAGAACACCUGUUUCCCACCAGCCUUCCUGACUUCCGCCAUCCUGUCAUCUACUCAUUCCACAUAAACUAUCUGAGGGCUACAGAGUUUUAAAGGCUUCUCUUUCACAGAACUUGAUGUUGAGAAGGCUAAACGGGCAGGCAAAGAACUGUCCCAACGACAGCUCAAAGGGCAGUGGAAGAAGCUUCAGGAAGCUUUAGAAAGAAACUAUUUCAAGGUUGUUGCAUAGACACAUAAUUCACUACUUAUGUCAGUUUCUGUCUUAUUAAUACUUCCAACUUUGUUCUCUUUCCACCCCACUCCAACACACACACACACACACACACACACACACACACACACACACACACACACACACACACACACGGCCUGCUCUUGAUUCACCUCCAUCUUCUCUCCUUUCAUGAAGUCUCUCACAAUAUAAAACCCAAUUAUUUUCUAACACUGGGUCUUGCCCUUCUUAGUGUCCUUCCCUGUAGAGUAAGGAUGAAGCACUUGCCCUGAAACUUUACAUGUUGCACUUCUUCGUGAAGGAUGCUACAUACCAGAAAGAUCUUGGCAGUGCCCUCAGAAAUCACAGAAAAAGGACCGUGCAGCUAAGCGGUUGUUUUUAAAGUUAGUUGUGAAGUAUGGGUAUAUCAAAAUCAUACUGUUACAGCGUGAAGAGAGAGCAAGCCUCUGCAAAUACCAAAAUACACUUUAGUAAGCCCACCAGAGCAAAGGGAUGUGCUUGCUUGCUUUUCGUUUGUUUGUUUUUGCUCUAUACUCCACUAUGGUCUUUAGUUUGUUACCUGGGCUAGCCUUCAAUUCAGGGUCUUCCUGUCUUAGCUUCUUUUUUUUUUUUUAAUUUUAUUGUAUGAGUACACUGUAGCUGCCUUCAGACACACCAGAAGAGGGCAUCAGAUCUCAUUACAGAUGGUUGUGAGCCACCAUGUGGUUGCUGGGAUUUGAACUCAGGACCUCAGGAAGAGCAGUCGGUGCUCUUAACCACUGAGCCAUCUCUCCAGCCCGAGCUUCUUGAUCACUAGGAUUAUAGGCCUGGGUGUCAUGCCUGGCUCCAGAAAGAAUUUGCAUGAAGCAUUUACAUGACUCUAGAGCCUCUGUAUCUUAGCAUUUCAUUUAUUGCUGAGAGAAAAUAUUAAAAACUCAAUUGGGACUUUAUUUUUUAGUUCUUUUUUUGUUUUGUUUGUUUGUUUGUUUGUUUCACAAGAAACCAGCUUCAUUUCAUACCAGGUGUUAACUUGGACUAAUCGUGUGUGUGAGUUUGUGUGUGAGUGUGUGUGUGUGUGUGUGUGUGUGUGUCUGUCUGUCAGUCUGUCUGUCUGUUCCCUGGAACAUUUGGCAAUUUGGGAAAAAUAGUUUUGGUUGUUACAACUGGAGACAUGCUACUAACCACCUGUAUAUUAAGGGUGGCGUUGCUCAGUACCCAUCAAUAAACAGGGCAGAUGUGACAGUGACACAGCUGAGAAAAAGCCUGCUUAGCGCCAGUUCUUAGGUCAUUUGGUUAUUAUCUACGCAGCAUGCUUUCUCACAUGCAAGUUUCAUGCUAAUGUGUUGCCUGUGUAACAAUGCCUAUUGGGAUGUAAACUCGAGGGGAAAUGUGUUUGUCUGAUAAUACAGCCAGUGUGCAAGGCUAUGAGCACAGCCCCAUCAGAAAGUCACAGACAUCCCCAGGGAUGGUUUAUUCAGACUGGUCCACAUUCCCCCUCCAUUCUUACAUCUGAAGAAAUGCAGAAGAGAUCUUGCUUUUUUGAGAAGGACUUGGGGGAUGGGGGGGAGCAUAUUUUGGAAGUGCCAGAUAGCAGCAUUACAUAACACUCUGUGUAUUCGAAUAACACAUCUUGAGUUUGAGAAAGCGGACAUCAAUGAAUUGGGAAAGGCUAAAUAAAAUUUUAAAGCAUG